UUAUGAGUUCAAGAAAUUAUUACCAUCUUCAAUUUCAGUCAACUUUCCAAAUUCGGCUUCUUGAGUUGCCACGUAGACAUCUUCUCAUGGGUUCAUGUGACAGGUAGGAAUAACCUGACGAGCUUUGAGGACGGUGAGGGUUUGGAAGGCGAGUUGAAGGAAGGAUUCACGGGGAGAGACGAGAUGGGAGAGGUGCAUACGGACAUGCAGGGAACGAAUGAGGUCCAUGGAGGUCAUGAAGUUGCUGUUGAUAGAGACAUUUCCCCGCCAACGAAGAAAGGAGGCGUUUUUGUACCGUUGAAAACAACCUUGGAGACAAGGUCGAGAGAAAAGAUUGGGAAAGUGUAUGUCACGGGCGUGCCUGCUAAGCUGGCAAGUACCGUGCUGAAGUAAGUGUCUAUAUCGUCUACUCAACUCAUUCUGCUGUGUAUCUUCUCUGAGUGCCAUAUACGCAUUCCGUAGUAAUGUGCUUCAACGUUACGGGCAUUUCACUACCUUAUUGCUCCUGGCAUUUACUGCUCUUUUGUUCACUUGCUGUGGGAUUCGUAGUCAUACGGUUCAUAUAUCGAUGAGAAGAAUUCUUUCUUACCAAGGUCACAGUCUCAUCCGGAAACUCGUCCCCGACGAGGGAGGCAUAGACCUCCAACAUCUCCGCCGUUUCGCCAAGCUCAAAGAUCUACCGCUUCACGUCCACGACCUACUAACCAGUCCACCCACCUCAACCUCAACAUCCACCGCAGGGCCAAGUCCAGCUCCAUCGCCGGAGCUCUUCCUGAUCGCUGGCCCAGUAUCCGCAAUCUCCUCUAAUGACCUGAUCACCUCUCUGAAUUCAGUCCUCCAAGAUUUUCAAUUAUUCGAAGUACAUGUGUCACUGCUAGCACCAACGUCCCAAGAGCAAGCCUCCCUCUGGACAGCCAAGUACUGGCCCACAGUCUACAAAAAGAGCAAUCCGUUUGGUCCGCACCCGAGUAUCCUCGAGAGGGCGGAGGAGGAGAUGAGAAGUGAGGUGGCAAGUUAUAUGGAUCUUGCGGAGCAGGCUGCGACGGAGAGUUUGGACAGUGAGAGGGGGGGGAGGGUAGGUGUUGUCGUUGUGGAGAGGCGAGAGGGGAGAGGGAAGGUGGUGGCUGUUGCUGGAGAUGGGAGGUGGGAUGGUUGGGUUAGGACAGGAAGUGGGAAUGUGGUUGCGCAUGCUAUUAUGAGGGCUAUUGGGAUGGUUGCUGGGGGCCUAAAGGCAAGAGAGGAUCAGGAAAUUGCGGAUGAAGAAGGGAAAGCUUCUAGUCCUGAAGAUGGCCUGACACAAGCCACUGGAACCGACAUCUUCAGAGACACUCCACUUUCAGCUCUCGAAGUACAACACUACGACCCUUCUGGAAACGCAAACGGCUACCUCUGCCACGAGCUCGAAAUCUACUGCACACACGAACCUUGCGUCAUGUGCUCAAUGGCAAUCGUGCACUCUCGAUUUGGCCGCGUGGUAUUCAAGAGACGAAUGACAGAAACAGGCGGGAUGUGUGCGGAUGGAGAAUUGGGUCACGGGCUAUUCUGGAGGAAGGAGUUAAACUGGACGUUGCUUGGUUGGCAGUGGCUUGGUGAGGAAGAGCAGGAAGAUGGGGAGGGCGUAGCAGUAUCGUCAUACCUUCAUGCUUAAGGCUUCUUUCUGGAGAAUUCGGAUACUAUCAUACAGACUUGCAGCUGUUCUGGACAGUCCAGCUCAAACUGGCCUCAUAUUGUCCUUGAAUCCUCAAAUUAUGGGAAUCCUUGUGCAGAGCACAGUAUGGAAGAGCAUACCGGCGAUGAUAUGAAAGAAGCACGGCCAGCGCAGCGAUAUCAGGACAAUCCAUACCUGUAUGACUUGUGCUGAAUCAAGAGAGCUCAGUCGAACCUUCUGCACCAGCUUUGAGACUCGAGCCUCUCAGACUCUAAAACUGAGAGUGGUAUUUCAGUAUCAGAAGGAGAAGACUUGCAUUUAAAGUAAUAUUCAUGCAAGCAAGAUUUUGAUCGGAAAGCGGACAAUACAAGUCACGAAGCUAAAAUUGUGCCUCCCAGGAUAUUUUUUUGGCUUGGGACCGGCUCCGAGACUCCACAAGUAGCUGAAUAUUAUUUCCACGAUGCGUGCCAAAUAAUAAUUCAAAGCCAAAAAAGCAUGGUCGUAGAGCCCAGCUGUCUAUUUCCUAUGACAUGUUAUCCUUGAUGCUCCUUUUGUUGGUAGCUGUCUGUAUGAAUCACCGAUCCAACUAAAUUCCAUGAUUACACCCAGCAUAAUUGCCAAGAUGUGCUUUAUUGUGGAGGUGUUAGCAUAUCACACAAAUUUGAGACCAAGAGGAGAGAGAC